GCCACAAAGUGACGUCACAGAUAAGUCUGUGUGGAGAGAGUUCCAUGCAUAGAGGCUUUGAUGGCGGAGAGAAGUUGGAGCUAUUUUGUAAAUGAUUCCCUUUAGGAAUGGCCCCUUACACCGACGGAGGGGGGAAGGAGAAUGGAACACAUCAACAACCUUCUGAAACGAAGGAUGGGGCCUCGUUGUACGAAAUUCUUGGAGUUGAGCAUGAUGCUACUCCAGAAGAGAUUAAAAAGGCUUAUAGGAAGAUGGCCUUGAAACACCAUCCAGAUAAGAAUAGGGAUAACCCUGAAGCUACUGAAAAAUUUAAAGAAAUCAACCAUGCGCAUAGUAUACUCUCCGAUCCCAGCAAACGGGAAAUAUAUGAUAAAUAUGGCAAUAUGGGAUUAUAUAUCGCAGAACAGUUUGGAGAAGAGAAUGUCAAGUUAUAUUUCCGACUCAACAGUGGUUGGUGUAAGGCAUUAUUUUUCUGCUGCGGUGUCAUCACGGGUUGUUACUUCUGCUGUUGCUGUUGCUUCUUCUGCUUCAACUUCUGCUGCGGCAAGUGCAAGCCCAACCCAGAGGAGGACUGGCCCGAGGACAUGGCUGCUUACGAAGAUGCCAUGCGCGAAGAGAGCGGGAAUGACGAUUCGUCCCCAGUCACCACGCAACCAGGCCUGUCCUCUGAGAAGCCUGAGGCGAGUGAACCCGAGCCUGCGCCAGAACCCAAGUCGCCUGCAGAGAAUAGUACCGCAAGCAACGAUACCUCCACGACAGCCAUCCCUCUGCCGCCCCCGCCUUCCUAGAUAAACCUUUAGAGAUAAACACUAUGAUAUAGCAGGAACACAUAUGGAAGCUAAAACACGUGACAGACAGCCUUGGGAACACUGAACACCAUAUUAGGUAAACAAUACUCGUGUAAAAGGUUUUUUCCGCCAAAACCUACGAAUGACCAAAUAAGGUGUUUCGUGUGUUAGAGUUUGUUCAAGGUUGUCUUACCGGUUUUAACGGCCACGUUUCUGAUUAUUGUUAAUACAAUUAUUGUAAUUAUUAUUACUACAAGCGGGUCAUGUUCGGCUUUGCUUGUCUUGCACCGAGGAAGGGUUGUGUCGUCAUUGUUUCUAGGGUUGUUUUGAAUAUCAUCUCGAUUGACUUUAUGGUUCGUGUUAUUAAUUUCUAAUCUGACUUUGUAAGUUAGUACAUACAGCUGUCAUUGUGCUCUCACUUGUGUAUUUACAACAAAUCUAACGAAGUGAACUAGGUCAAAUUUCCACAUUUUUUUAACCCAGUUUUUUACUGGUUCUUGUGGUCUCAAUUCGAAAUGUUAGGGUAUUAAAAUAAAUAAAUGCAUUAUAUAAACAAUAAAGCAUACUGGUUUGUGCCCUUGAUAAAUAC